UAAAAAGUUCAUGCAUUAUAACGAGCAGGAAAUAUUCAAGUGUGACUUAAUUGGUCGCAUGGGAUUCUGUCCAAAAGAUAUAUAUUUUCAAAAAAAAACUAUAUAUAUAUGUGUGUGUGUGUGUGUGUGUGUGUGUGAGGCCUUCAGAAAAUAGCCAAGCACAUCAAGAUACAUAUUAAUUACAUAUUUAUCGGCCUCUUGGAAGAUAGCUAACUAGCUAGAUAUUUUCCCUUCAUCUUUUCAAAAUAAAAACAUUACACCUCUAGUAAAAGAUAACGAAGAUAGUACACCUCUAGUAAAAGAUAACGAAGAUAGUCCAUAGAUCAGAGAACUAGAGAGAGAGAGAGGAGAGAGAGAGAGAGAGAGAUGGAGAAAAUAGAGCAUUCAACGGUGCACACUAACGGCAUAAACAUGCACGUGGCAUCAGUCGGGACCGGUCCGGCAAUUCUGUUCCUCCAUGGCUUCCCGGAGCUCUGGUACUCGUGGCGGCACCAGAUGAUUUCCCUCUCGUCUCUCGGCUACCGCUGCAUUGCUCCCGAUCUCCGUGGCUACGGUGACACCGAUGCGCCGCCAUCACCAACGUCAUACACGUCGCUCCACAUCGUCGGCGACCUGGUAGGGCUAAUUGACCAUCUGGUAAUUGAGAAGUUGUUCUUGGUGGGACACGAUUGGGGGGCUAUGAUCGCAUGGUACUUCUGCUUGUUCAGACCAGACAGGAUCAAAGCCUUGGUCAACCUCAGUGUGCCUUUCUUUCCAAGGAACCCCAAGAUCAAUUUUGUGGAUGGCUUCAGGGCUGAGCUUGGUGACGAUUUCUAUAUUUGCAGGUUUCAGGAACCUGGAGAGAGUGAAGCAGAUUUCUCGUCGGACACUGUAGCUGUAUUUAGGAGAAUCCUUGCAAACCGUGAUCCGAAACCUCCAUUGAUACCUAAAGAGAUUGGGUUCAGAGGUGUGUAUGAAGAUCCCGUUGCUUUGCCUUCCUGGCUCACCGAAGAUGACAUUAACCAUUUCGCCAAUAAAUUCAAUGAGACUGGCUUUACCGGAGGAUUGAAUUACUAUCGAGCUCUCAACCUAACAUGGGAGCUGACAGCAGCAUGGACAGGAGCACGAGUGCAAGUACCAACAAAGUUCAUAAUGGGGGACCUAGACCUUGUCUAUUAUUUCCCUGGAAUGAAGGAAUACAUUCUCAACGGUGGCUUCAAAAGAGACGUUCCCUUGUUGCAAGAACUCGUCAUUAUUGAAGGAGCAGCUCAUUUCAUCAAUCAAGAGAAGCCAGAUGAAAUCAGCUCCCACAUUCACCACUUCAUCCAGAAGUUUUAAGUUACUAACAAUACUAUAUAUAUAUAUAUAUAUAUAUAUAUCAGCAUGUUUUAUGCUUGAUCAUCAUGUUUCUUUAAUUUUCCAAUUAAUAAUUUCAAGCUGAAU